UCUGUUUUCCCAGGAUGGGUUCAAUAAUUGCCAAAAUGCUGCUGCCCACUGUUAGCAGCUUGGCGUUCAUGCCGGCGAUCAGUGUGGCAGCCAAACGGGGCUUUCAUAUGGAGGCAAUGGUGUACUUCUUCACAAUGUUCUUCAUUGCGAUUUACCAUGCAUGUGAUGGCCCUGGAUUGUCCAUCUUGUGCUUUAUGAGAUAUGAGAUUUUGGAGUAUUUCAGUGUUUAUGGGACAGCUGUCUCAAUGUGGGUCACUCUUAUAGCUCUGGGAGACUUUGACGAACCAAAACGGUCCACCCUCACAAUGUUUGGUGUUCUCACUGCCGGUGUGCGCAUCUAUCAGGAUCGCUGGGGGUACGGCGUCUAUUCUGGGCCAAUUGGCACAGCUGUGCUGAUGAUCACUGUCAAAUGGCUGAGGAAGAUGAAGGAGAAGAAAGGCCUGUACCCUGAGAAGAGUGUGUACACCCAGCAGGUGGGGCCAGGGUUCUGCUUUGGAGCACUGGCUCUUAUGCUCAGGUUCUACUUCGAGGAAUGGGAUUACACCUACGUUCACAGUUUUUAUCACGUGUCCCUGGCCAUGGCCUUUGUCCUGGUUCUCCCGAAGACCAACAGACUGGGAGGGACGGGCGGGAACCCAGCAAAGCUCAGCUGUUACACCCUCUGCUGCUGUGGGACUAAGCCAGCUAUAAAAGACAGGAUUCAAACAAUCUGGAGUUCAACGACUAAACGCCCCUGGAUUCAGGCCUGCGAUCCAGGCCUCCCUUUCCGCCGCCCCCAGCCAGAAACCAAGCAACCUGCAGGACCUUCAGAGAGAGGGAGUGGGGAGUGGAGUUGCUGUGUCCUUUCUAGGCAACAUUCCAUAUUAAAUUAAUUGAACUAAGUUUUGCAGAGUGGUAUGGUGCAGGACAAAUCAGUGUGCUCACAUUCUCACUGCCUGUACACUGGGGAAGCUGUGAAAAAU